AUGCACAGGUUCCCGCACCUAGAGGAGUCCAGCCUGAUGACCAAGGCUGAAAUCGACAUCCUCUGGGACUUUGCGCGCCGCACCGGCGCGCGCAGCCUGCACGUGAACAUCUGGCUGGGCACCGUCGGCUACGGCGCCUUUGGGCCCUGCGCCGCCGACGAGGGCUCUGCCUUUUCAUUCACGGCGGCGACGCCAGUGGGCGUGUCGGGCAUCAACCUGGGGAGUGCCAAGCUCAACUAUGCGGGCAUCUACAGCGGCCAAUGCGCCCUCUACAAUGUUCCCGCGAUCAACGGCGUCGCGGGCACCUCGGGCAGCAUCAUCACCAACUGCUCGGUGCAGCCCAUUGUCAUCCAGGACUCAGACGGCGGCGUGGUGGCAUCCCUGACAACGUAUGAGGACGGCCGCGAGACGAUGUCGUUUAUGCACGGCUGCGCGGCAUGGAGCUCAUCGUGCCUGCUGCUCGGCCACAUGGCGCUGGCCUGGCUGACUCAGAACAUCAUCCCUGGGGAGAGAACCGUCCUGCUGUCCGUCCAGACCGAUGAUGUCUUCCUGUCCACGUUCCAGGACGACACCAACGACUACUUCCGCACCAGCCCCGCAGACCUGAACGCGCACAUCGCGUGGCAGGACAGCCUUAGGCCCCCAAACUCGAUCCGCGGCAUCCGGCUGCCCCCCGGCUCGUCCAUCACGAUUGAUUUCCCCUUCAACGGCAACGGCAUCCUGGGGGCCACGGGCAAGGAGCUGGAGGUGGCGGACGGGUCCUGCAGCGCCUCGGACGAGUACGUCGACCUAGGCUGCUCCUGCUUCCUGCUGACGCGCGCGGCCUGCCCCAUGUCCCAGCCAGAGUUCUGCAGGAACUGCACCAAGGACUGGGCCAAGCCGGCGGGCUUCGGCACAGACAAGUUUCCUAAUCCGCUGCCAGCAAAUUACAGCGCCGACAGCUGGCCUGCGCGGAUCAGCCAGGACCCAUUGGCAGCUGCCGUGCUGGCGGACGCUGGCGGAGUUGCGACCAAGUUCUUCUACAGCCACCACACCUUCACGCACCAGAUCCUGGACAACGCCACCCUGUACGACGCCAACCUGCAGCUCUCCCUCAACAAACAGAUGGCGGACAAGCUGGGCCUGACUCCCAGGACCGCGGUGUUCAGCUCCCAGUGCAUGGUCACGCCCGGCAUCAGCGGCCUCGUCAACGGCGACGCGCUGCAGGGGCUGUGGCAGAACGGGUUGCAGUGCGCCACGGGCGACAACACGUGGGCGCACCUCAAGAACCCCGACAACGUCCACCAGAUGCUCUACACGACGCAGGCUACCAAUGGCUUUGCCAAUUUUGCCAUCUUGCCGCGCUGGGCUGCAGAGAUCUACUUCAAUUGCAGCACCGUCGCCCAGAACGAGCGGCUGUACCACGCCAUCUACCCCUUCAUCGCCGACUACUCCAUGGCCGCUAUCCUCUCACGGGAGUCCAACCGCGUGCUGGCCAACCUCCUCGCCCUCCGCAAGGACCCGCACAUGAUGCACCAGGCCAACCUCAGGGUAGAGGCGGACGGGAUGAGCCUGGUGAUGCGCUGGGUGGAGGCGGUCCUGAGGAAGCUGACCGCCUGCGUCACCUGGCCCGUCCAGUCCCUCAAGCUCGACGACCUGCAGCAGCAGUUCAAGCUCAGGGAGCAGCGCGACAACUGCAAGCUCGCCUACAGGCUGGCGGUAUCCACGGCGACCAACAAGGUGACGGGCGUCGCCGUCACCAGCCAGCCGGGCGCGACGUCCGGGUGCAGCGCCCCGCUGACGGUCGGCGCCGGGGCCGCCGUGUCGGGCGGCGCCGUCGACGCGACCGAUGCGGCCGCGCCGGUGUACCGGGUCGCUCUUGGUGCGGGGGGGACUGCAACUCUCGGCGCCAACCUUGACUGGAAGCCAACGCGGUGA